AUGUCCUCGCCAGCUGCUACAUCGUCGACUCUGCCGCGACUCUUCGCGGUCUCCACUACUGCACUACCGGGGCUGCAGGGGCCGAGUGGUAUUCCUGAGGUCCCCUCCUCAGGACUACCAUCACCUCCGUCAAGUCCCCCCCUCGCGGCCAUCACCGCAUCCAACGAGCUGGCUCUGCUUCCCAAGGCCAAUAAGCAGCGCCAGCGCGACAAUGUCCCCGGCAAACGGAUCAGCCGACGAGGGGGGGCAGCACUUCAGAUCAGGGAAGAAUGUGUGAGAUUCUUUUGCGAGUCCAUGAGGGCUGUGUUCCGCGGUGAGAGGGACACUGGUUCGAGUGGCUCCGGCCUGACGGGUGUUUAUUCUAUGCAGACUCCGCCGUCUGACGAGGACCUAGCUGUCCAGCCGCACUUUGGCGGUAGGGAGGAAGCCUACGCGACCGCCCCUGCCCCUGCCACCGCGUGGUUGGAGAUCUGGGACUUCGUUGGUGGCGCGAGUUUCCGGGCCUUUGUGGCGGACGACGGGACUGAAAAGUCCCUGUUCGCCUUGUUUGACAGGAACGUCAUCGGAUGUGACCUGAAGCCUGUGCUCAUGGCGCUGAUGGAGUUGGUUGACGGUCCGCUCGACUGCCAGCAUCUCGUCAUCUGCAUUGACCGUGGCAUCGAAGAGGAAGACGCAAAAUCAUUGAUGAAGAGCCUGCAGUGGGUGGGCUUCGAGCUGACGACAUUGGACCGCUGGGCACAUGACGUGGACGUGACGAGCGACAGGUGGCUGUUCAUGGGCAUGGAAAUCUAG